AUGGCAACUAACCGGAAGAAGGUCCCGUCUGACCAGAAGAAAUUCUACGAGAAGGCUGGCUUCUACAUCAACAGCGGUGCCUACGUCCAGCGUCCUGAAGUUAUCGAGAGCUUCUACUAUGCCCACCGCUAUCGCGACAGUGUCUGGAAUGCAUUCGUCGCAAUCAACGCUACCUGCCGCACUGACUCCGGUUUCGCUGCUGUGUCGAACGUCAACCAGGCCAAUGGUGGCUCAAAGUACGACAACAAAGGAGAGCUUCAUUUUCGCCAAGGUCUUGAAGUUCUAGUAUCUCGCUCAUUCUGA